AUGUCCAUGCCAAUAAACCCCUACCUCUGUGGCCAUCAGCUUAUGCGUUUCUACCUCAGCCAGCAGCUGGAAAGCAACUUUCACCAUCUGACUCUUUACACUCCAGAGGACCUGGCCUUGAUGGUCGAAUGUGAAGCUCACGGCGAUGACGCAGAUGAGGAAGACUUCCCAGCUAUGUGGGCUACCAACAUACAUUGGCUACUUGAAAUUGUGCCGAGUCUUGAUAUGAUCAUGAAGUCGCUAGGCGGAGGUUACUAUAGCUGGAUGGCUAGAUGA